GCCUACGCACAAUCUAAUAUUUUUAUUUCAAAAGAUAGUAAUUUGGAUUUUUAAAAGCAAAUUAAUAAAGUAAUAAAAACUCGUUUCACGCCUACGUAAGGGCGUAAGAAGUAUGGGUCAAACCCUUUCAGAGCCAGUGACGGACAAGCAGUCUUCAACGGUCCAGGACUCUCGGUAUCUGGUAGGAUCGUCAUGUAUGCAGGGAUGGAGGGUGUCCAUGGAUGACUCACAUACACACAUACUGUCUCUGCCCGAUGAUCCUGGCACAGCCUUCUUUGCUGUAUAUGAUGGACAUGGAGGUGCAAAUGUAGCAGAAUAUGCAGGCAAACAUUUGCAUAAAUUUAUCACAGCUCGGCCGGAAUAUCACCUUGGCAAUAUUGAAGAAGCAAUGAAACAGGGUUUCCUGGACUUGGACCAGGCGAUGCUGGAGGAGGACAUGCAGGAGAAGGUGGCGGGCAGCACGGCGGUGUGCGUGCUCAUCAAGGACAACACGCUCUACUGCGCCAACGUGGGCGACUCGCGGGCCGUCGCCAGCGUGGCCGGGGAGGUGGAGGUGUUAUCGUACGACCACAAACCCAAUAACGAGGAGGAGCUGCGGCGCAUCACGGCGGGCGGCGGCUGGGUGCAGCUCAACCGCGUCAACGGCAACCUGGCGCUGUCGCGCGCGCUCGGCGACUACAUCUUCAAGCGGAACGUCAAGCUGUCGCCGCGAGACCAGAUCGUCACAGCGUACCCGGACGUGCAGAUCCGUCAGCUGAACGAGUACUGGGAGUUCAUCGUGCUCGCCUGCGACGGCAUCUGGGAGGUGCUCUCCAACGAGGAGGUGGUGCAGUUCUGCCGGUCGCGGCUGGCGGCGGGCUGGGCGCCGGCGGCGGUGUGCGAGGCGCUCAUGGAGCUGUGCCUCGCCCCCAACUGCAGCACCGGCGGCCUGGGCUGCGACAACAUGACCGCCGUCAUCGUCUGUCUCCGGCCCGCGCACGACCAUAUGAAACCCCUCCAAGAGGAGGCGAUCCGCAGCCCGUUCGCGAGCGACAUGAAGGACAUACUGUACGUAGAAGACGACGAGGAGGACCUCAAGUAGUGCGCCUGUGUGUGCGUCUAGUGGACGGUACGCAUAGGGCUCAAUUCAGACCGCAACGCAACGCGUAGAAGCAUUGCUUAAUUUGAUUUAUUGAAUUGACAGACUUGCAUGACCACUGACCUCUAUCUUAUAAUACGCUGGACAGGCUAUGCCGUACAAAAUGACAGCUAUUUGUUGUGCCGAUUUGAAGCGCUGCGAUUUUUAAAAUA